AUGGCGGCGGCCGGCAGCCAGGGCUCGCUGGAGUCGGCCCCGCGGAUUCUGCGGCUCGUGGCCGAAUGCAGUCGCUCCAGAGCCAGGGCGGGAGAGCUGCGGCUGCCUCACGGAUCGGUGGCCACUCCGGUGUUCAUGCCCGUGGGCACGCAGGCCACCAUGAAGGGUAUCACAGCCGAGCAGCUGGACGCCCUGGGCUGCCGCAUCUGCUUGGGCAACACCUACCAUCUGGGUUUGAGGCCGGGCCCUGAGCUCAUCCAGAAAGCCCAGGGACUUCACGGCUUCAUGAGCUGGCCCCACAACCUGCUGACGGACAGCGGCGGCUUCCAGAUGGUGUCCCUGGUGUCCUUGUCUGAGGUGACUGAGGAGGGCGUCCGCUUCCGCUCCCCCUACGACGGCGAGGAGACACUUCUGAGCCCUGAGAGGUCGGUGGAGAUCCAGAACGCUCUGGGCUCAGACAUCAUCAUGCAACUGGAUGAUGUGGUCAGCAGCACUGUGACAGGCCCACGUGUAGAGGAGGCCAUGGAAAGGUCAGUUCGCUGGCUGGACCGGUGUAUUGCAGCCCAUCAACAGCCAGACAGGCAGAACCUCUUCGCCAUCAUCCAGGGCGGGCUGGAUACGGAUCUGCGGGCCACCUGUCUUAAAGAGAUGACCAAGAGGAAUGUGCCUGGCUUUGCAAUCGGUGGCCUGAGUGGGGGUGAGAGCAAGGCCCAGUUCUGGAAGAUGGUGGCGUUGAGUACCUCCAUGCUGCCUAAGGACAAGCCACGAUACCUGAUGGGGGUCGGCUAUGCCACGGAUCUGGUGGUCUGCGUGGCUCUUGGAUGUGACAUGUUUGACUGUGUGUACCCCACACGCACAGCGCGCUUUGGCUCCGCCCUUGUGCCCACUGGGAACCUGCAGUUGAAGAAGAAGCAGUAUGCCAAAGACUUUGCUCCCAUAAACCGGGAAUGUCCCUGCCCUACCUGCCAGAAGCACAGCCGAGCUUUCCUACAUGCCUUGCUGCACAGCGACAACACUGCCGCACUGCACCAUCUUACAGUGCACAACAUCGCCUACCAGCUGCAGCUGAUGAAUGCCAUGCGGAGGAGCAUCGUGGAGAAGCGCUUCCCUGACUUUGUGCGGAACUUCAUGCGGACCAUGUAUGGGGACCACUCCCUCUGCCCCACCUGGGCGGUUGAAGCCCUGGCUUCUGUGGGAAUCACCCUGGAAUGACCUGGUGUGGGAGAGAGGGAGGCUGAGGGCUGGGAGAUAAUGCAGCAGUUUUGUUUUUUUAUUUGUUAACCUAAUGCCAUUUGUUUAUAUGUCCUUGGGGAGGGGCCUGUAUCCACUUUUUGGCCCCAGUCACUGCAGUUGGAUUGUCUCCUACUGACAGGAAGGAGUAGCCAUAUGGGUGGAGGUUGGGGUCAGUGCUCAGUGGUAGAGUGUAUGCUUAGCAUGGGGAGGCCCUAAGUGCCACCCCAGUACAGAGACAGGGAAGAGAAAGAGAGAGCCAGGUGUGGUGGCGCACACCUUUAAUCCCCCCCGCCCCCCCACUCCCCCUCCACUCAGGAGGCAGACGCAGGAGGAUCUCUGAGUUUGAAGCCAGUCUGAGACUACAUAGUGAAUUCCAGGUCCUCCUGGGCUACAGCAAGACCCUACCUCCAGGAAAAAAAGACAAGAGACUAAGGUUAUGGCUCAGUGGGCAGUGUGUGCUGACUUCAAUUCCCCAGCACAACAUAAAACUGGGCCUGGCCGGGCAUGGUGGUGCAUGCCUUUAAUCCCAGUACUCCACAGGCAGAGAUAGGAUCACCUUGAGUUCGAGGCCACCCUGAGAGUACAUAGUUAAUUAGACCCUACCUCGGAAAAACAAAACAAAAUCAAAAAACAAAAACUGGUCCUGGUGGUGCACACCUGUAGUUCCGACAUAUGAGAGAUUGAGACCUAAGGAUCAGAAGUACAGGAUCAUUCUCAGCUAUACAGAAAGUUUGAGGCCAGCCUGGAGACCCUGUCUCAAAGAGUAGAGAGGAGAGUGAAGAAGAAGAGAUGAGAGGUGGGAGAGAAAAGGGAGAGAGCAGAAGAGAAUAUUUCACAGGGCAUGGUGAUGCAUAUGCAUGCUUGUAGUUUUAGAACUUGGGAGAGGGCUGGAGGGAUGGCUUAGCAGUUAAGGCAUUUGCCCACAGAGCCAAAUGACUCAUAUUAGCCAGAUGUACAAGGGGGCGAAUGUGUCUGCAGUUCAUUUGCAGUGGCUGGAGGC